CUACACCACUGUCCCAUUAGUGUUGCAAAACACCUAUCGCUUAUCAGCUGUUUGUCAGCGUUCAUUUUAUCACGCAACGCAAAAGCGCAAAGGUUCUUCAAAAACGAAAAUUGGUUUUAAAAAAAAAUCCCAUCACAUCAGUAUGGACGCUUUUGACACUCUACUUAUUGCAAGUGUGAAGCGCAACGUUUCUAUAUUCGAGAAAUACCACACUAAAUAUGAUCGAAAGCAGGCGUGGAUUGCAGUGGCCCAAACUUGCCAGAGAUCAGUUGAGCACUGUCAAGUUAGAUGGAAGACCAUACGAGAUCGUUAUGUGAGGGAAAUGCAAAAGCUCGCUUUCCCAAGGAGCAGUAUUCAUAGGUUCGAAGAGCUCGAUUUCCUCAGGGAACACAUAAGAACCAGAAGGAAGCCGAAAGAAGUGUGCGAUACAACGCUUGUGGCUAGAGAAACCGAGGACAGCAAGUCGGCGGAUGAACCAUCCUUUAAACGAUACUGCAUCACUCAAUUUCCAACGGACGAGUUUGUAAUUGAGUACAAAGGCGAGGAGGAGUGUCUCAGUGGGACGGAUAACUCCAACGCGGAGUUUGUCUCAGAGGAUUCAGCGUGCAAUACAAGCAGCGAGCUGCUCUACGAAACAAAGCCUAGCUUAACUGGCGAAGGACUGAACCAAACUCAAUCCAAGUUCAUGAGCGUAAUGAGACUCAUCGAGAGUGCCUUGAAGGAAAAGCCGGCGGAGCCGCAAGAUCCCUUCUACAAGUAUCUGGAGAGUAUUUUGGAUGGCGUGGACGAAAGCACUCGAAGAGAUAUACAACUGAAAGUGCUCAACUUUGCCAGUGGCGAAAUCAAGCGAUGUAGACGAGCGUAAUUUACUAAAAAUGAUACCAAUGUAAUUGUGUAUAUAAGUAUACUCACCCGUGUGGGUCUUUAAAUGCGUUCGCAGAUUUCCAAUUGUGCUGUAGCUGCGAUAACAGUUCUCAUAGUUGCAUCUAUAGCGACUGAGAGCCUCAUCCGAACUCUAAAUGGCAAGUAUAACAAUGCUAUUAGAUCAGAUUCAUUGCACUAGCUAAGUGGUUAAUAUAUGCAUGUGCAUGUUCCUUGGAAUGUGACAAUUAUGAUGAGGUGGAUGCAUGCUGGACACUGGUAAGUGAUAUGUUAAGGGACAGCCUUCGAAUUAAGCCAACACUACGCACCACUAGUUGGUUAACAAAACUUGGUUACACACGCCUACAGCGGAAUCGCAGGAAUCGGAAUCUCCGCUAGCACUAGGAUUAGCAUGGCGAGUCGCUACAAAAAGCGUUAGGCAACGUAAGGCACGUUAGACACUUUGACUAGCGGUUGGUUAUUGGGUGUGGGUACCUCGUAGGCCAACGCCAUUAGCUGAUCGUUCUCGUCCUGCCUUUCCUCCUCCUCCUCCUCAUCGACAUCUUGGUGCAGAACGCCCGGUUGGAUGCAGUGGGCCAGCUGCUCGUCCUCGUCCGGCUCAUUUGGAUCGUACUCAUCCACAUAGCUGGAAGAUCAGAUCGAGCGGGGGAAAGACCAACGAGGGAAUUUAUCGAAUUUGCAGUUGGAAACAAACAGAGAACAGCAAAUCGCAUCGGGUGGGGCAUAUAUUCCAUCCGAUUUGUGUGUCAGUGGGCCGUUAAGAUCUUUGUAUAUAAUUAUAAACGCAACAAGUAUACAUAUAUAUAUACAUAUAUACAUUUAUACAUAAAUG